AUGUCACUGACCAGGUCGCACGAUGUUUCAGUGUCCGAAGCGGCUGCGGCGUCGCGAGAGCUGGGUCCGAUCAGCGUGUCGGUGCCGGGAGGCGGCGGCGGUGGCGGACCGCCCCUGCCGCCCCCGCAGCAGCUGCCCGCGCCGCCUCCACGCAGGCCGUCGCACCAGCCGCCGCCUCAGCCGCCCCCCGCAAGGACGCCGCCCACCGAAGACGCGCCGCGGCCUCCGCCUCCACCGCCGCCCCCGACAUCGUCUUCGUCGUCGGCUUCUGCCUGUGGUUCUCCGCCGUCGCCCGCCCCCGCGCCUGCGCCAGCGCACCAGCCGCAGCCUCCACCCCCACCCCCGCCUCCGGUCACGCUGCCGCCCCAUCCGCUGCUGCAUCCCCAUCACCCGCAGGCCUGGGCGGCGGCGGCGUUGUUCCUGCACGCGCCGCUGCUGCCGCCGUCGUCGCAGCACUGGCUGUACCAGCAGCUGUACGCGCCGCGCGCUCUGCUGCCCCUGGACGCCGCCAGGCGGCAGCUGCGGCACCACCACCAGCACGGCCCGCAGCAGCACUCGCACCAGCCGGCGGCCUCCGACGACGGCGACAAGGCGGCCGCCGUCGCCGGCGCCAAGACGCCUUCCGCGGGCUCCUCGUCAGCGUCCGCCGGCGCCGUCUCGCCGGCCGCCGCCAGCACCGUCACCGCCAAGAGCUCCGGCAGGCACUCCGACGUCUGGAGGCCCUACUGA